UCUGAGUGGCCCCAGUGGUCUCUGUAUGUGACGUCCGCCUACAACCUGGUGGCCAUAUCCAUGGAGCGAUACUUGGCAACUUGUCAGCCGGUCAUCCACCGUAACAAGUUGACGCCCAAACGGCUGAAGGUUCUAAUGGUUGCUGUCUGGCUGUGCGGCUGGCUGCCCGAGGCUCAUCUUGUACCCAUCUCCUACCAGGCCAAUGAUUCCUGUGAGGCAUCCUGGCCCAGCCCUGCGGUACAAGCUGUGAGCGGGGUUGCCAUUGCCGUCUGGGAGUUUGUUGUUCCGCUCGUCAUCAUGAUCUUCGCCUACACCAAGAUCAUUUUGGAGCUGUACAAGUGCUCCAAGGCCAGGGUGGGCGACAACAAUGACGCUCAGAACAACAUGCUGUCCAAAGCCAACAAGAACGUCACCAAGACGCUGUUCGUGAUGGCUGUCUUCUUCGCGAUUUGCUGGGAGCCAACUGACGUCAGUUACAUCUUGUUCCACUCCGGGCUAAACGAUAACUCCCUCGACAGCGUGUUCUAACAAGCUGCCGGCGCCAUCGUCCUGGUGAACCUGUGCAUCAAUCCUUUCAUCUACUGCUUCGUGUACGAUCGCUUUCAAACGCACGCUUGGAGGAUGGUUCGUUGUGUUGCAGGCACC